AUGGGGACAGGAUCAAGAGAAAUCGUUCAAGAAAUUGAAAGAAAAGUUAAACAGACUGAUACUGAUGAUUUCGUGAAACUGAUAACUUUACAUUCUGUUCCAAAUGCUAUGUCCAUUAAACAGAUAGAAGCAGAAUCCGCAAGUGAUCAAGUUCUUAAAAGUGUUCGCAAUAGUAUUCGAACAGGGACGUGGCCAAAAGGUGAGAACAAAGCAUAUAUGAUUGUGAAAAAUGAACUAUCAGUUAUUGGAAAACUUGUGCUUAGAGGAACUCGAAUUGGUAUGCCCCAAACACUGCAAAACACAACACUGAAAAUUGCUCAUGAAGGUCAUCCCGGAAUCGUGGUCAUGAAACGUCAUUUACGUACAAAGGUAUGGUGGCCAGGAAUGGAUCGAGAUGCUCAGGAUGUGUGUAAAAGAUGUCAUGCAUGUCAAGUUGUAAGUCAGACGUCCAAUCCAGAACCUGUGAAGAGUACGGAACUUCCAAAAGGACCAUGGCAGUUGAUAGGAGCUGAUCUAAUGGGACCUCUACCCUCAGGAGAUAACUUAUUCGUAGUAGUGGAUUAUUAUAGCAGAUACGUGGAAGUGGAAAUCAUGAGGAAAACGACGACAGAUAGGAUAAUAAGAAGUCUUCGCAGAAUGUUUCAGACGCAUGGUUUAACUCUACAAAUAGUAACCGAUAAUGGUCCUCAAUUCACAAGAGGUGAAUUUAAGGAUUUCAUGGAGCAACAGAACAUAGAACAUCGACGAGUGACUCCACUGUGGCCUCAAGCCAAUGGUGAGGUGGAAAGACAGAACAGAUCGAUUCUUAAACGUCUUAAAAUUGCUCAAGUAGAAAAGAGGAAUUGGAGGGAUGAGCUGUCUGACUAUUUGACCAUGUACAGAACAACGCCUCAUUCUUCAACAGGAGUCAGUCCAUCGGAGUUGCUAUUCAAACGGAAAAUCCGGACGAGAUUACCAAUCUUGGACACUACAUUUUAUGAUCCAGAUGACAUGGACCAGGAAAUUCGUGACCGAGAUGCGGAGAAGAAAGGAAUUGCAAAGAGCCAUGCAGAUGAAAAGUAUCAUGCAAAGGAAAGUGAUCUCGGAAAAGGUGACAAAGUUCUUCUGAAGCAGCCGAUAGAAAACAAACUGUCAUCAAACUUCGAAUCGGAACCGUACGAAGUUGUAUCCAAGAAUGGAAACAGUGUAGUAGUGCAGAAAAACGGCGCAAGUUAUAAACGCAACAUUACUCAUGUGAAAAAGUACAAUGAACCAAUUUAUGAUGAUUCUGAAGAGCCGAUUGAUGUGAAUGUUGAAUCGCGAGAAACCGGCAAUAGUGAGAGUGUACCCGAUAUGUCAGUGAAUUCGCGUCCUGUUAGGAUUCGCAAGAUUCCAGGGAAAUUCGAUGAUUUUGUGAUGACAUAG